GAAGUAACGCUCGCAGGAGUGGCAUUGAUCGCUGUCACAUUGGCUUUCCUCAAGACAUCGUCGCUGUCCUUCAACCCUGCACCAAUCACAUUUCUCGACGAUUGUCUACUAGUCAUACCGAUUCCUUUCUUCUUUGUGAACACAGCGUUGAACUUGAUCGCGGAGAUCUUUCACGGCUCCGGGUAUCGGGCUGGGGUUCUGCUCCUACAACUCCUCCAAGUCCUUCUCCAGACGCCUAUGCUCAUUGAUGGUCUCCGUCGAUCGAGUUUCUCGCCGAAGCAAAGGUAUAAGAAACCGGGACGGGAACUGGUAACUUUUUUGAUCAUCAUCAACCUGGCUAUGUGGGUUGUCUUCACAUUCGAACAAAAGAAAGCAGAUACCCUCGUGGCUGCACCGAAGUUUUUCGGCGAACGUUGGCUCUACAUCGGGCACACAACUGUGCCCCUGAUGCUAUUUUACAGAUUCCAUUCGGCGGUCUGCUUCGCGGACAUCUGGAAGAGUGCCUACGAGAAAGAAGAAGACUGAAACUUCAUCCCCCGAUGCUCCCGAGUCGGAAUCGAAUGAUCUCGUCACGAAUCGCACUCGCAGCAGCAGCUAUGCCCAGCUCUGGGCAGGAGUCUCCAAGUCGAUCAAAAUAAAGUCUCGAGUCUCGGAUGGAUGGAGUCUUAGUUUUCUCCCGUUUCGGAGCUCAAUCUCCUAUUAUCGUCAGCAGCCCUUCCGUUUCGAACCGUUCGACAGAUACCGCGCUCCAGGACAAUUAUUAAACAGAAAGGCAAAUUUCCUCGAUAUCAAUAUGGUAUCAUAUUGUUUAUUUCGGGAUUCGAUCUUUCUCGAGUGUAUAAUGGGUUCCGCGGAACUCCUUGAAAAAAUCAUUUCCAUUUGUUGUCGGUG